GUGGCUGGUUAGUGUGAAGCAGUGGCGGUCGAACUUAGCACAAGUCUAAGCGCGAAGCUCAGUGCAAUCGGGGACUUAGAAACGAAGUAGUAGCCCGAAGUAACGGGGUGAUCACUUAGUGCUCGCAACUAGGCUGCUUAGUUGGAUAUACGGUGAGUGAAUUUCAAUUACAUUGAUAAGCGAUGUGGCUGGGCCGGAUUAGAGGGAUUGCCGAUGAAAAUUUCAUUUCCCUUCAACCCUGAUAACGGUGAUUGAGAGAUCUCAUUCCAUCUAGCAGCAUGCCUAUCUCACCAUUUCGCAUGAAGAAGUUGAUGUACGUCUUCAACGUUUUCUUCGAUGUGAACAAGAGUGGCCAAAUUGAUAGAAAAGACUUUGAACUGGCAAUCGAGAGGAUUUGCAAAAUGCGAGGCUGGUCAGAAGGAGACGCUCAGUAUGCGGACACAAAAAAGAUCCUGCUGCAAGUGUGGGAGGGACUCAAGCAGAGGGCUGAUCAGGACCGUGAUGGUCAAGUGAGCCACGAAGAGUGGUGCUCGAUGUGGGACGAGUAUGCCAAAAACCCAGACAAAGCUCUAGAGUGGCAGCUCAGCUACAUGGACUUCAUGUUCGAUAUGGAAGACACGUCUGGUGACGGUGCAAUUGACGAGGAGGAAUUCGCGUCAGUGUGCGUCAGCUACGGUAUUCCUGAAGAAGAGUGCAGAACAGCAUUCCGUAAAUUCUCAGCACCAGGAGAAUCGCUGACAAAGGAGAAAUUCUCAGUGCUGUGGAAAGAGUUCUUCUGCACGGAUGACCCGGAAGCUCCCGGCAACUUUGUGUUCGGCAAAGCAGUUUUCGACUGAAUUCUGCACUUGCAAAUCAUUUUCAUUCUCGGUGAUAAUUGUGUAUACAUGGUAUUCGAAUUGGUGUUGGCUCCUUGCCGCAACUAUGCUGGCUGAGCACUUGAUGUUUGUAUUCUGUGAAGGACAAAGUGUGUCUAACUUUGGUCCCGAUUGCAUUGCAGUAUUGUAUGUUGAUUAUCGUGGUCAAUAAAAUGUUUCUCAAACAUUG